UCCGCAAGAGAUGAACACACUCCGAAGUCCUUGAUAUUAUGCUUACAGAGAGCAUUGUGCACCCAUGACUUUUUCUUUCGAUUGCGAACCACAACUACACAGCGGCUGCCGAACGACCUCAUGCCGACCAAGCGAGCGCCUGAUGCUGGCGAGCAGGAUGAAGAGUCCACGAUAGACGCGGCCCGGUCUCGGCCUGGCAAACGAGCCAUUGCCACGGAUGAAAGAUGCGGUCCAGGCUCGGGCAAACGACGUUUGGCAUAUGCCCCGCGAGCUUGUGAUAGCUGUCGUCGAAGGAAAGGAAGGUGUGAUGGCAAGGUGCCAUGCGACUACUGUGCGGGGAGAGGACAAACAUGCCAUUACUCGUUGACGCCGAGCGACUGGAGGAGCGUGCUCGGCGACGUCCCAACGACUCAGCCGUCAAGCAAUGCCAAAGUCCUCUUGGCCACGUCGAGCACAUGCUACUGAGCCUGCAGAAAAAGCUUGAAUACCUUACGGCCAUCGUUGGACAACACUUACGGGAGAAUGAUCACGAAGCGCAGACAUCACAUGUUCAGGAUGGUCUAAGAGCCGAGAGACCUCUUGCGUUUGUUUCGAAUUGCGAUACUGGAGCACAAAGAGUAAGGUCCCUUCAGCAUGACGACAAGACCAACAACGUGAAGCAAGGUAAUGCUUUCUCCGAUGCAGAAAACAGUAGUCAUGCAGCCUCGGCGACUACAAGGACCACGUUCUCAGGCUACAUGAGCCCUGACUACAGCUUCCAGUUGGCACGAGACAAGCUUUUGCGUGAGAGUGAUAGAGUCAAUGAUCGUGGUCGAAGAUCAAACAUAACCUGUGCUGAUCAAAAACUCUGCGACGGGCUCAGUCACUCGAUACCAGACACCAUUGAAGGAAGCGCAUCUCAAAGCAGUGGCCGGCAUGCCGGUCCGUCAUCAACCUUUACUUGCCUCGUGGAGCUGCCUUUGAGAAUACCUCUGGUCGAAGCACUUCGGCUCAUAGACAUGUAUGAACAGCUCGUCGGCGAGCGAUACCCGCUCUUGGAGGUUGCUUGUCUGAAAGAAAAAGCCGAAACAUGGUAUGCAUGGGCCGUUGGAUUCAGUGCUGGGACCGAUGACCCUCCAAAGUCAUGCCCCUUGGAUGAGGACGAUUCUCUCAUAACACUCCUAGUGAUUUGUAUCACACUUGCUGCUGAGGUCGCUUUUGCGAAGCCAAUUGACAGCGAGGAGCUCUACUAUACUCUGGAGAAGAGCAUCCAAUCAAGAACCCUUUCCCCCGUUUCGAGCAUGAAAGAUAUCAUCAUUAUCCUGCUGGCAGCACACUAUCACUACUUCAGAGACAUCGUACGGACCUCUUGGAGAUUAUGUGGCAUUGCUGGCUCCAUGAUGAUGGAGCUCGGCCUGCACGACGCCGAAGUUGUCAAGAACGUGCUUGGCUCUGAUCAAGAACGUGCAGAAGCGGCAGUCAUAGCUGGCGCAGUGAUCACGCUCGAUCAUCAGUAUAGUGCAUUAGUGGGCUUGCCAACCCGUUACAAGACGGCUUCCUUCUCAACAGAACUUCUGUCAGCUGUGCACACGCCAUAUCUCAAAGCUAUGAUACCGUUCCUUCACAUUAGCGAGAUGGUUUCCACGAUGAUUGCCGACGCGCUGGAAUGCGGCUCAUUCGAUGACGGGGAUGCUUUCGAGCUCGUCAAUUUUCAAAUCGAACAAUGGCGCCGCAAAGCCUUGUCAAACCAUGCUCCGAUCUUGUUGCAGCGUGCUUAUUGCUCCCACGACAAACUGCCAUCUUGGUCUUUACUUCUAUACCUGAGGGCCAACUCAGUGAAAAACAUGCUGGUACGGCUCUUCUUCGUCUUAAGUGGCCCGCGAUCGGCUGCCGAGCGCCAGGUCAAGCCAGCACUCGAUCUCAUCAGCGAUUCUGUGGAGACAUUGGUCGAAUUGGACGAACAUACUACUUUCUAUCGCAACCAGCAUGCUCACUUCCAGCACAUGCUAUCAGGAGCCUGCGCACUUCUGUUCCUGGUCGUUACAUAUAUCGAAAGGAACCCCACGGCCGGAUGCAUAGGACAAUUCGAUACCGUGGCAAAGAUUCGCCAGGUUUUCGAAAGCGCGGUGGCCCUAUCUCGAGCCUAUAGUGGUAUCUUCACCGCAGCUGAGACUUUACUGCGGCGAUUGGAGGACAUGGCGCCAAUCCUCGACCGACUCAGCAACCGAUCGAAAGAGCUUAACUCUGACCCAACGAAUCCUUCUCAAUCAGUAAGAUCGCCUGUCGCUCAGACGAAGCAAGACUCGGGAUCUACUGGACAGGAGCCCCAAUUUGUCGACAGCGUACAUCGCGAAUCUGCUGUGGCCGACUCUACGAAUCGGAUGCAGCUACCGUUGCACGAUUGCAAUGCCUUCUUCACUCCCGGCAUGGUCGAGAGAAUGCCGUGGCCCGAUCCAUCCCUAAGUUGUGCCAAGUCCAACUUUGCUCCAAUGAGGCAGCCUUACAAUAAUGCCGCUGCGGCAUCUUUCAUCGAUCCAAUGUCAUCGAUAGCCCCAGUAUCGAUGGCGCGCUGGCUCACGACAAAUGCAGAUGGCAUAGUUGCGCCAGUCCAACAAUGGUCGCUUGAUGGCGGGGAAGAUCAUUUCAAUAGCUGGAGUAAUACCUGAAUUGAUCUCACCUACUGCUCGGCAGAUCAAAUUUCUUCACUGGAGACUUAUGGAGUCCAAAGAUGUUGGUGUUGAUCUUCCAGAUAUCACGAGGCAAAGUGGGGCCAUCAUACCAUUGAAACAACAAGUCGACGCCGACCCUUCUCCAAUGUCUUUGACUAGCUGUCCUGUGCGUCAAAGUAAAAACGCAGACAAGCAUGCGCUUGUCUUUCUGCUGAGAGUAGCGGUCUGGAUCUAGGUACCCGCCUAAACCGGACUGGCCGACAUGAAGGACCUAAUUGUCGCAACUUGUUUAGCCGUCUACAAAAAUAUAUCUGAUUGCCACACGAAACAUAUCAUUUCAAGACGGAGCUCCCACGAAUCGAACGAGUCCAAACGGACAUCCAUCGAAUCCGAGAACUUGACCGAUAGAAGUAUAUCUAGAUGCCUAAUUGAUUCCCACGUGGUCCCCUGGUGUGUCUGUCGCGGAUAGACGGCUGGCCGGAAAAUACGGCAUUCAUUCUUGUCUCCAAGCUCAACCUGCCGAAUUGGGCAAUUUCAGCAACAGCGCCAAGAUGAUCGUCGCAUGCAAAUUGAAUGAAGCAUUGAUGGCAGCGUAGCUUGUAGGAGUUCGACAAUUGAAUGUCAUUGCAUGCUUCGACUGCAAGCAGUUAUGGAUUUUUGUGGGGCUCGAUGGUGUUUGUUGAAGGACCUGGCAGUCGAACUCGAUGAUUAUCAAUCCAACGGCGACGGAAGAGACGAAUUUCAGCAUAUUCCGGUCGACAAUCAUUAUUGGACAGCAUUUCUUAGCCUUCGUGGCAGUGCCAUGAUCCUUUCCCCAUCAGAUGGAACGUCCGCCUUCUAUUCGUCGGCAACUACUUUCUCGGCCGGAUUAACCCUUCUCACGUAAGCCGUAUUCCUGUGGCUAUAAAUUGACGCCAUAGGGCAAAUGACCGCAAGUAGUAAUGCGAAGAUUGUUCACUCCAUGGACCCUAAGUCUU